UUCCCCCCCUCAAAUUCAGUGUUCUUUAUUCCCUCUGUACCUUUUUCAUUCGUUUCCCAUCUAUUUUCCCUCUUCUUCUUCUCGAUUCCUAUUAUUUACCGUGAGAUAAGAAGGAAUCUAGUUUGUUUAGAAGAUCCGGGGAUUGGUUUCGAUCGUGAUCUGGGGUUUGCUCUUUCGGGAGGUUUAAAGCUCCUCUAUUGAUUUCAGUAGCCGCCGUAAGAAAGCUAAUUAGGACUAUUUGUAUUCACUGGUAUUAUAAAAGGACAUGUUCGGUUCUAAAGAGGUAGAUGAUCUAAGUGAGAUUAAUCAGGCAAUACUUCACCAUGUUUGCUUGAAUGAGUAUGAUAAUGAAUGUGAUGGCGGCAAUUCGAGUAAUCCGGACGAUUUACUUGAACAGGGAAUUCAAAGCAAGCCUUCCCUUAAGUGUUUGGACAAGUCUGCAGCAUCAUUUUCUUCUGUUGUUUCUCCUCUUGAAGAUGAUGAUAUUGGAACUUCUUUGAGGUCGAUAUUCUCUGAGGACUCAGUGAAGUCACCUUUCUCACGUUUGAUUUCUUUGUCAACUCCAUUGAAGCUAGUGUCUGCCCUUAAAGGUAGCCGUGAGAAUCAGGGAUUACCAGCAAAGAAGCUGAGAGUGACAUGGGCCCCUGAUGUGUACGAUCCUCUGCCAACUUCUGUAUUGCACACGGCUAGAGGGAAAAAGCACUCGAAGAAGAACUAUGACAAGAAGAAUAGAAAGAAAGUGCAGAAGGGAAACAACUAUUCUCGUGGUGGUAAUGGUGGCGGUAAAAGCAACAAACACUCCCGCAGAGGCGCUGCAAGUUUGGAUAGGUGGUAUAACUAUAAACCACUCGAGGUUGGCACCUCAGGCAACCUUGAUGUUUUUAAGGUUGGUAGUACAGACCCCUAUUGUGGGACUAGUUUUCUGAAAACAUCUCCGACCACCAUGCACUAUUCUGUGGCGGAGGCUCUAUGAGGACCCUUGGUUUUACUGAUCCAUGUAGAUAAAUAAACCUUUAUUUUUCCUGCAUUCUCUGGCUUUGAAUUGGUAUACUUAUUAUUAUGGUGUGGGUUUGAAAGUUUUGUAACUUUGCU